UGCUUUUAUUCUGUCAUGUUGCAGCUUUAUCGAUAUGUUACAACUCCAGAAAGGAUCAGCAGAAAUUCUCUUUUGACAGAUGUAAUUGCUGCUUAUCAAAGAUUCUGUUCUCGACCUCCAAAAGGAUUUGAAAAAUACUUUCCUAAUGGAAAAAAUGGAAAAAAAGCUAGUGAACCUAAAGACGUUAUGGGAGAAAAAAAAGAAUCGAAGUCAGCUGCUACACCACGUCCUUCUGGAGGAGGAGUUGGCGGUGGCGGAAAACGAGGUGGCAAGAAAGACGAUUCUCAUUGGUGGUCCAGGUUCCAGAAGGGUGACUUUCCAUGGGAUGACAAGGAAUUCAGGAUGUAUUUUCUCUGGACUGCUCUGUUUUGGGGUGGAGUCAUGUUUUACUUCCUGUUCAAGAGCUCUGGAAGAGAAAUCACGUGGAAGGACUUUGUCAAUAACUAUCUUUCCAAAGGAGUAGUAGACAGACUGGAAGUCGUCAAUAAGCGUUUUGUUCGAGUGACUUUUACACCAGGAAAAACUCCUGUUGAUGGGCAAUACGUCUGGUUUAAUAUUGGCAGUGUGCAGUGUUUUGAGCGGAAUCUGGAAACUUUACAGCAGCUUAGGUAUAGAAGGGGCGAAUUAGGUAUAGAAGGGGAGAAUCGGGUACCUGUUGUCUACAUUGCUGAAAGUGAUGGUUCUUUGCUGCUGAGCAUGUUGCCCACAGUGCUCAUCAUUGCUUUCUUACUGUACACCAUACGAAGAGGGCCUGCUGGUAUUGGUCGAACAGGACGGGGGAUGGGUGGACUCUUCAGUGUUGGAGAAACUACUGCUAAGGUCUUAAAGGAUGAGAUAGAUGUGAAGUUCAAAGACGUGGCUGGCUGCGAGGAGGCCAAGCUAGAGAUAAUGGAAUUUGUAAACUUCUUAAAAAACCCAAAGCAGUAUCAAGACCUAGGAGCAAAAAUCCCAAAGGGUGCCAUUCUUACUGGUCCUCCAGGCACUGGGAAAACACUGCUAGCUAAGGCCACAGCUGGAGAAGCCAACGUCCCUUUCAUCACCGUUAGUGGAUCUGAGUUCUUGGAAAUGUUUGUUGGUGUGGGUCCAGCUAGAGUCCGAGACUUAUUUGCCCUUGCUCGGAAGAAUGCCCCUUGCAUUCUCUUCAUUGAUGAAAUAGAUGCCGUGGGAAGGAAGAGAGGAAGAGGCAACUUUGGGGGCCAGAGUGAGCAGGAGAAUACACUCAAUCAGUUGCUUGUGGAAAUGGAUGGUUUUAACACAACAACGAAUGUAGUCAUUUUGGCAGGCACCAAUCGACCAGAUAUCCUAGACCCUGCACUGAUGAGGCCAGGCCGCUUUGAUAGGCAAAUCUUUAUUGGACCACCGGACAUAAAAGGAAGAGCCUCUAUUUUCAAAGUUCACCUCAGACCACUGAAACUGGACAGUGCCUUGGAAAAGGAGAAACUGGCAAGAAAACUUGCAUCCUUAACUCCGGGGUUUUCGGGAGCUGAUGUGGCCAAUGUCUGUAAUGAAGCUGCUUUGAUUGCUGCAAGACACCUUUCAGAUUCCAUAAACCAGAAACACUUUGAACAAGCAAUUGAACGAGUGAUUGGUGGCUUAGAGAAAAAAACCCAGGUUCUGCAGCCAGAGGAGAAGAAAACUGUGGCAUACCACGAGGCAGGUCACGCGGUCGCCGGUUGGUAUCUGGAGCAUGCAGACCCACUUUUAAAGGUGUCUAUCAUCCCAAGGGGCAAAGGACUGGGUUAUGCUCAGUAUUUACCCAAGGAACAAUACCUGUACACCAAAGAGCAGCUCUUGGAUAGGAUGUGCAUGACUCUGGGGGGCCGGGUGUCAGAAGAAAUCUUCUUUGGAAGAAUUACAACUGGUGCUCAGGAUGACUUGAGAAAAGUGACUCAGAGCGCAUAUGCCCAAAUUGUUCAGUUUGGCAUGAAUGAAAAAGUUGGGCAAAUCUCCUUUGACCUCCCACGUCAGGGUGACAUGGUAUUAGAGAAACCUUAUAGUGAAGCCACCGCAAGAUUGAUAGAUGAUGAAGUACGAAUACUUAUUAAUGAUGCUUAUAAAAGAACAGUAGCUCUUCUCACAGAAAAAAAAGCUGAUGUGGAGAAGGUUGCUCUUCUAUUAUUAGAAAAAGAAGUAUUAGAUAAGAAUGAUAUGAUUGAACUUUUGGGCCCCAGACCAUUUGCAGAAAAAUCUACCUAUGAAGAAUUUGUGGAAGGCACUGGCAGCUUGGAUGAGGACACUUCGCUUCCAGAGGGCCUUAAGGACUGGAACAAAGAGCGGGAAAAGGAGAAAGAGGAGCCCCCAGAUGAGAAAGUUGCCAACCAGAUCCAAGGAGCCAGGCCAUUUUAACUUGUAUUGUGGUUUCAAUUUGCCCAUUAGUUCAACUCUGGCUUUUUCUCAGAAUGAGAACACUGCUAAGUUGAUCUUGAGCAGCUGCUGACCAGUUGAAGUGGUGGAAAAGAGGAAUACUUAAUCUUCAGCCUCGGGGGUCCCAGUAGGGGUGGUAGGGUGAUUCUCCCUACCCCAGGCUCAAGCCAGAGCUGGGAGAGUGGAGACUGGUGCCUGGCGCUCUCUCCCUGUCAAUGAAGCCAGCUGCACGAGUGUCAGGGAGAGGAAUCGGAAAGCUUGCCGAUGUGGGAGAGGUCUGUUGUUCACUUUCCAUCACCCACUCUUCAUUCCCAUUUCCCUUCAGAGGCUGUGAAAUUAAAUUGGAGUCCUGAUAAGAAUAUUUUAAUUUGACUAAUACUUUAAAGAUUGAAUCCCGAUCACAUGUUGCUGUUUUAAUGGAAUGGUUUUCUACAGAACUGUAACAUAUUUAAAAAUAUGAAUGUAUUAUGUAAAUAUGGCUUAUUUACAUCAAAAAUAAAGUGUAAACAGUACUUUUUUUCUUCUGA